AUGUCCUGGCUGAGACUCCUUUUGGCAGGCCUCGUAGCACUGGCUGCGGGGAGCGGUCUCCGCGCUGCCGAUGGACAGAAGGGCAUCGUUGAUGAGCUGCUCGACACUUUUAGGAAGAACAUUUUGAAGGAGACGACACCUGAACAGUCUGCAGAACCCACAGAGGAGAGCACAGCGGUGGCAGCCGACUCCUUGACUGAGCAAGAGCACAACCACACCAGCAGUUCCCAGCCCCGCUCCCUGCGCUCCGCGCGGUCCAAUCGCUCCAGCAGCAGUGGCAGCGAAAGCCCCAACGCCCGCGGCGCGCGGGGCGCCGGGCGACUGAGUCGGCCUGGCCCGGCGGCGCUGUUGGCCAGGCAGGUGAAGAAUGGCUUGCUCGACGAGGCCUUACGCUUGCACCGCAUCUUCCAUGGGAGGUUAGUCACGCUGAGCGAGGGCCUUGAGAGGAAGGACCAUCAACUGGCACGAGAGUCUCAGAGCAAACAAGAUGCCUGGCGCCAGGCAGCGAAACAAACGGAAGACUGUCAGCAUUGGCGCCAAAUGGCUGAGAGCUUGGAGGAGGAGAACAGUGCCUUGCGGGAUGAGCUGGUGGAGUCGCGAGAGAACUACCAGCGUCUCCAACACUUCGUGGAGGGUUUCGAACUGCAGAGUGCCGCGCGCACUGUCGGACCUCGCUCGCGGACCAUCAGCCAACUGCCUGAAGAGGCACGCGCACCGGAGAUCCCCGUGCGCCGGGCCGCCUCGGAGGAGCUCUCGAAGAGCUGCCCGGUGAUCACCCGAAGUCCACCACAGGAAGCCGCCAACCUCUCAUUCUUCUGGAGCCCACUUGAAGCAUGGGCCCAGGUGGGGAGCAGCGCCUCCGAUCGGUUAUGUGGAGUGAGCUUGGAGCGCUACCGAGUGGAGGUGGUUCCUCAACGAUUGGACCCGGUGGACGAGGCCAAAAUCGAGGACCCCAAAGAGGAUACCAAGAGCUUGGAGUCGAACUCAAAGGAGGUUCCGACACGUGAGUUGCUCCGCACCCCGCGUGGGACGCUCCCCGAGCACGUGCCGCUCGCCGCCGCGAACCCGGCGCCGACGAAUGCGGCGCCGCUGCACGGCGGGGCCUCACCGGUGCGUGAUGCACGGACGUCCAUCAACUUGGCGCUGCCCAUCCCCAGCGCCGGGCCGGGACCGCCCUCAGGGCCCCAACCGGUCCGGUACUUGCAGAAUCUUCAGCCACCUAAGCCAGAUCCCACGUUUUACUCCAAGUCGCCCUCACCGGUCCAGCAAAGGUGGCACACGCAGGUCAGCGCGCCCAUCAGUUUACCGCUGCAGCCGACGCGGACGAAACGCUGA